CCUAUAUAUGUUAUGUUGGUACGACUCAGUUGACUGUCAUGCACAUCGAGAGAAAUUUACGUGAUGAAAUAGCGAAGUUUAAAAAAUUAUGUAAGGAGCGUCAGCAAAAGCUCCUAUCCUUUUAUGAGAGGAAAGAACAACGGAUCAACGAUUGCCACAAGAACAAUUUGCGAGCACUUCAUAGGAAGCAUCGGAAGCAUGCUACGAGGCUUCAAGGCAGACUGGACAAUAAAAAGAAAGGACUUCAGCGCGAGUUGGCGCAUGAUACGCGCAUCGAGCUAAAGGUGUACAGACGUCAUUUCGGUCAGCGGGCCACCAGCACCGACGGGGUGGAUGCCAACCAGGUGUCUGGAACGCACUCAACACGUUCGCUAGACUCAACACCGACAAUCGAACCACUCAGCUCAGCUACUCCGUUCUAUAAAGAUUCUAUAAAGCAUGAGCCCCAUUGGAAAAGUCCCCUGCAUCGCCCGGGUUGGAAUUUUCGGCACACGAAAAGGAAACCAGAUGAUUUGUCCACUAACUUCUCCAAGGAUGAUUGCCUUGAGGACGCGGUCGUCCGACUCCGGAAAGAAAUGGAAGAGCGAUUACGGUACGCAGACGAGGAGAAGCGACUAGCUGUCGCUCGGUUAGAGUGGGAAUUCUUAACAGAACGAUACGAGUUAAAGCGAGAUUAUUUGGAAAAGCUGGCCGAAUUCAAGCAACGCCGUCUCUCCGCCCUGGGACAGUUGAAAAAGCGCCAACUGAAAGAAUACUUUGAUAUACUUCGAAAGUGGUUAGUUGAACAACACGCGAGGGAACUGUCGGCGAGGCAUCAGUUUUCUCAAGAUGUACUCAAACGACUGACCUCAGCCCAAACAGUCGAAAGGCGAGUUGCUUGUCGUCUAGCUAGAAUAACCUCCAAAGGCCAAAGACAAAUUACUCAUGUGAUGCAUUCCACAGCAUCAAAAGAGGAGCGCUUGGAGCCAAAACAGCAACUCAGCGGUAGAAAAGAGAGUUCCAGUCAGGGGAAAAAUCCACCGGCGGAUCAGUCGCUCUUUGAAAUCCUGUUUCCUAAGUCAGCUAACGAUCGAACGGAGAAUGAUGUGACAAGUCUUUCAAGUAGACACUCAAAUCACAUCAGCUCAAUGCAUUCAUCGCUGGAGUGCAGACAUAGGGAAGCAGAACCGAAGACACGCUCGCUUCAAAGCAGCACGGAGUUGUUGGACAAUGACACAACAAAUACCCGCCUAUUAAGCUCAAAAGCGAAGGGACCGUCUUUGAAGGUCACACGAGGACGUCGGCAGCGACAGUUGGGCGUGUGGAAAUCAAAAUCCCUGCAAAGCUUACGAUCUGCGCUUGAAACAUGUGAUCAGAUGCACAGAGAUUUGAUUAACAAUUUGUCCAAACAACAAGUGGAGCAAUGGGCCGAAGUUCUGAAUCAGGAACGCAUACUCACCGAAGCACUUAUACAAUCGCAGACGGAACAAAAGCGAAUUCUACUUCAGGAGGAAACUGACACCUUGAAGAGAGCUCAGGUGGAGCAGGCGAACCGGGUUGCUCAUUUGUCCAGUGUAUUGGAGGCGACAGAAAAGUUUGCAGAAAUGGAGUAUCAUCAUGAACGUAAGAAAUUGAUCGAAUAUUACUAUGGUAAUGGAGAUGAGCAAUUUCAGUCGUUUCGGUCGUCUGCGUUAAAGGAACUUGCCCCAGAAUUUGCUACUUCGAUCGCGAACCACAACACACCCAUGCCAAGCUCAAGUUUACAAUCUACCGUCGUGAACAAUAAUCCUCAUGAACGCAAACCGAUUUCGUCCAUUGGGCAGAAUUCCAGCAGAUCUGGAGCGCUGUCCACUCGUGGGCAUGUUACCAUAUAUCACGAGAGUGGUUUACACUGAUUCAAACCUAGUCAAUCCCGAUUCUUCACUGUUGUGUGUGUGCGUGAGCACAACCGUUGUUCAUUUCCGAGCAAUAACACUUUGUCUAUACCCAACGACACAACCCCAUUUAGUUUACAUUUGUUGCCAACUUAAAUCCCUGUUCAAAAGUUGAUUCUAUUGAGAAGUUUCCCACUCAAUGAUGAUACUUUUGGUUAUCCUCAAACAUUAUGGGAUUUGUUCCCUUCGACUGACAUUCCUUAGAUGCGAUCAGACUACACACUUGAAUAAAGUAACUGGUUUUAAUCUACACAAACUGUUAGCGAUUGAUAUGUCAUUUCUUUGGAUUAUUUCGUCCUAUCCAGAACUUUUACCUGUUCGGCGUAGUAGUUUUGCACACUAUGACCAUACUUUACAAUGAUACUCAAACCGAACUGAAACCAAGAUGAGUUAAACGUCCACUGCGAACGAACAGUGAACCAUGAUUUCUAACGGGUAAACAAGCGAUUGUAUCGACAACUCUUGUAGGAGGUCUGAUGUGGGAAGUUUAAAUAAAUGCAUGCAUCUACCAG